CUUGUAAAAAUAUCAGUACUCCCUGAAAAAUAUAUUCUACAUUUGUUGACUGUUCUGUUUGUGGCUUAGUAAAUUAUUAUAAGAAGUACAUGUUGCUAAUGUCUAAAUGAAAAAUAUUUAGAAUAUUACGUAAAUUAAAGUUUCUUAAAUAAAUAUUGGAAGAUGAACAGUAUUCGUAAUUCUUUUUUAGUUGCAUAUUCAGAAAAUACAAGUUAUUAUAGACAAGUUCAAACACUAUCAAAUGCAAGUUUACUUAAAAAUUGUGUUGAAGUAAAAAAUAGAAAUCCAAGAAAUUUGGAGUUGAUGACAAUUGGUCGGAAACCAGAAGGAUAUCAUUUAGAUAAUCCUGGAAGACAUUAUUGGCACAAAUUAUUUGUAAUAACUUCAGCUCGACAUGUAAAUGCUGAAAUACAUCAUUUCAAAAAUGGUGCAGUAGUAACAGUAUCAACUAAAGAAUGGUCAUUGAAAAAACAAUUAUAUCGUACAUUAGAUGUUUCUGCAUUUGCAAAUGUGGGAAGACUUUUAGCACAAAGAUGUCUUGAAUCUGGAAUAUCAGCAGUGUACUGUGACAUUGAUGAUUCAAAUAGUAAAAGGUAUGCAUCACUUUUGCAAGAACUAAAAAAUGGUGGCAUUUCUUUAGAAGAACCUCCAGUAUAUAAACAUGCAAAUCCUUGGGACCAUUCUAGAAUGGUAAAACCAUGGACAAUAGAUUAAGAAUGAAACUUUGUCUUGUUAUACAGUGUCUUAAAAUAUUAGGUAAUAAAAAGCAAAACUUUCUUACAAGAAUUACAAUUUUUUUAUUAUUGGAAAAUCCAUUUACUCAUUAACUUUUUA